AUCUUAAAAAGCAAAAAAUGGAAACUCCUUACACAGAUCAUCUAACAUCAAUCGAUUACGAACAUGUGUAUGAGCCAGCAGAAGAUUCCUUUCUAUUAUUGGAUGCCUUAGAAGCUGACCUAUCAUUUAUAGAGAGUUUACAACCGCGUGUAUGCUUGGAAGUUGGACCGGGUAGUGGUAUCAUUGUUACAGCGUUGGCAAAAAAGUUAAAAGAAACACUUUGCCUAGCUACUGAUAUAAAUCCAUAUGCUUGUAAGGCAACGAAAAAAACGGCUAAUCAUAACGGUACAUUUGUGGAAAGCAUAAAUUGCAACUUGGUAGAUCUUUUGCGUAAAAAGACGAUCGAUUUACUUGUGUUCAAUCCGCCUUAUGUGGUAACCUCGGACGAAGAAUUAAAAAAUCAACCGUCUACCAACUCACAAAUAACAUUUUCGUGGGCUGGGGGUGUACAUGGUAGACGUGUAAUUGAUGAACUGCUCAAGCGUUUGGAUAGCAUUUUAUCUGCAAAAGGGGUUUUUUAUUUGUUGGCGCUACGUGAAAAUAAACCAGAUGAAUUAAUAAUCAAUUUAAAUACUUUGGGCUUUACUGCAAUUAAGUUUAUGGAAAGACGAAUUCCUGGUGAAUAUCUAUACAUUUUGAAGAUAACACGAAAAUGAUUUUUAAGGGAAACGAGGGUAUAUUUACAAUCGUAUGUAUUUAUUGAAAUAAGAUAAAAUUUAUUAAUUUAAUUAUCGUUGAAGUGAUUAAUAGAAAAU